UGCAUUUGGGAGCUGUCUUUUUUGUGAUGGUCCCCAUGGUGACAAUUUGUGACGGCAAAGAAUGUGGGAACGGGGCGCUGCCGCCUGAUUGGGAUGCUUUGUAUCUGGAGAGGCGCUCCUGAUUGGCCUGAGGGGCCCCCCAGCUCCGGGGACUCGUCCUCCAUCCAGCCCACUCGAGGGCUGCACGACUGUUUCCAGCCGGACGCACGGAGCUUGCCGGCCACGCGGGGCCUGGCCCAGGUCUGCGGCGGGGAACCUGCCAGGCCACGCCGGCGGCGGCGGCGGGGGGCACCCCCGGGGCCGGCACGCACCGGCACGCACCCUCGGUCAGCUCUGUGCCCUUCCCUGGAGCUGCCAGCCACCCGCAGAGCCCACGCUCUUCAUGGAAAGCCCCAUGCAGUGGUCCCCUGGUGAUGGCCUCCGACAGUGACGUGAAGAUGCUGCUGAACUUUGUGAACCUGGCGUCCAGCGACAUCAAGGCAGCCCUGGACAAGUCGGCGCCGUGCCGCCGCUCAGUGGACCACCGCAAGUACCUGCAGAAGCAGCUCAAACGCUUCUCCCAGAAGUACCCCCGGCUUCCUCGGGGCCUCCCCGGCAGAGGGGCCGAGACGCACCUGAGACGGGGAGCCGACCACCGGCCCGGGAGGCUGCCCCUCGAAGCUGGCCAUGAUUCCAGUCCCAGCGGGGGUGGGGGCUGCAAGGAGAAGGCUCUGGGGAACCCCUACAGGGAGGAAUGUCUCUCUAAGGAGCAGACCCUACAGAGGCAGAAUCCAGAAGCUGCCAGGCCUGGCCAGGUGCCCAUGAGGAAAAGACAGCUGCCCGCUUCCUUCUGGGAAGAGCCUCGGCCCACCCACAGCUACCCCCUGGGGCUGGAGGGGGGGCUGGGCCCCAGGGAGGGACCGCCCUAUGAGGGUAAGAAACACUGGAAAGGCUUGGAGCCCUUGGAUCCUGAGAUGGCCCCCGUGCCCGCAUCCCCAAGGGCACUGGCUGAAAAGGAGCCACUCAAGAUGUCUGGGGUCUCCCUGGUGGGCCGCGUCAAUGCCUGGAGCUGCUGCCCCUUCCAGUACCAUGGACAGCCCGUCUAUGCAGGUCCUCCGGGGGCCUUGCCUCAGAGCUCUGUCCCUGGCCUGGGCCUCUGGAGGAAAAGCCCAGCCCCCCCCGGAGAGCUGGCUCACUUCUGCAAGGAUGUGGAUGGGCCGGGGCAGAAAGUGUACAGACCUGUGGUUCUGAAGCCCAUCCCUACCAAGCCGGCUGUGCCCCCACCCAUUUUCAAUGUUUUUGGCUACCUCUAGCUGGGCUGGGAGGGCCUUGGCUCCCACCUCUGGCCUGCAGGGGUGUUGGGGGCCCCAGGAGCGCUCCUUGUGCAGAGUGAGCUGGGCAGUGGUGUGGCCUCUUGGGAGCCUUUCCUUUGUGUGUAUCUGGGAGGGGGAGGACGGGUUUGGCGCAGGGGCUUCUCAGGCAGUCGCCAAGUCAGCCCCUGCAGCCUUGGGCUCAGCUGGCCCCUCUCCAACCAGACCAGAGCCCGACUGAUCGUCCCACUGUCCUGGGGCCGGUCUUGGGCGAUGGGGCUUUGCCCUGGCCUGCCAGCAACUCCAGAAGCCAGAGUUACACAUCUCUUCAUCUGCCACCCACUGUGUAAGCCAAUCUCAGUUCUGUUCUUUUUGGUUUUUUGUAAAUAUUAAGAAGGUUAAAAGAAUAAAGACAUUUCUUUUGCA